ACUUCGAAGUUUUCAAGCAAAAUCUAGAGAACAUUAACAAAUGGAAUAAAGAAAGGGGCACCAAAAUGUUUGGAAUUAAUGCAUUUACUGACUUGACUUUUGAAGAGUUUUCCCAAUUUUAUUUGGGUUUUAAUACUAAAAAUAUAUCUGGGGAUGGAAUUGUGUACAAGCCAACUGGAAUAGAGGCUCUGGAUACUUUGGAUUGGCGAGACUCUGGAUAUGUUUCUUCGGUUAAAUAUCAAAAGUCGUGCGGGAGUUGCUUUGUUUUUAGCGCUAUUGGUAACAUAGAAGGUCAAUAUGCAAAAAAUCAUAACACGCAAGCCUUUAGUUUGUCUGUACAGCAAGGUUUAGACUGCGUGUCUCAGGGAAAUUGUGAAAGAGGAGGAUUUACGCAUGAUGUUUAUCAGGCAUUAGCCGAUCAAGGAGGAUCUAUGCGAGAGGAAGAUUAUCCUUACGAAAAUGAGAAAGCACAAUGCAGAACUCAAAAGGAUAAAAUAGCUGUUAAAGUAACUGGUGGCAGUCAAAUAAGUGUUUCUGAUGAAGAUGAUCUUAAAGAAGCGUUGGCCAGUCAUGGACCGUUAUCAGCAUCUGUUUGUGUAGAUGAUCAAUUUAAAGCUUAUACUGGAGGCGUUUUUAGACCUUCCUCUCCGUGUAAUCAGCACAACCAUGCUACACUUUUAGUUGGUUAUGGAAAUGAUGGUCACGAUAACUACUGGAUAAUCAAAAACUCCUGGGACACGAUUUGGGGCGAGCAAGGAUACAUACGAUUAGUUCGAGGAGAGAGUGCCUGUGCUAUCGGCUCAUACGUCGCUUGUUCUACUGUAGAAUAAACAAAAAUGGUUAAUAUCAAAAAUAAACUUUAUUACAAC